AUGUCGACCACAGCCAUCAGUCCUACGGCUGCCGCCCUCAAGGCGCGUACUUUGCAGGAGUUCGUCAGCCACACCAAGCACCUCACAGGGGGCGCGUUUGGGUUCCCCCGUCGUCACGUCGCCGACAUCGAGUACCUUUCUCCGCAGCAGACAUGGUGGACGGCGCACAGGGCAGCACAACGCUACGUGAUCGCCGGCUUCCCCUCGACAGAACGCACGACUGUGGGGCUCCGGAACCUGUCCACCAUCAAUACCGUCAUCUCGUUUGUGGCCAUCGUCCGCCUCGGGUUCUCCGUCGGCGUCUUUGGAAUGCUCUUCGCUUUGAUGAAACCCGGCGGGUCAACCUGCUGGGCCAACGAGAGGCUGCGGCUCGACGCUGACGUUUAUCGGGACGUGCUCGUUGCAACGCGGCCUCAGUUGGCCCGGUGCCACCCAGGCGAUCUCAUACGAUGCAUGGCAACCCCGGAAGGCCUCGCUGUCCUCAAGCAAUGCAUCAUGGAAGGCGUCCAUCUCAGCGACGAAUACAGCAUGUCGGAGCUGGCAUUUGCGCUGAGCUCGGGCGUGCGCCAGCACGGAGACUCAGAAUGGGGGUACAUGGCGGCCGAUGUGGAGACGGCGCCGCAUCCGCAGCUCUACGAGCUCGUUGUCCUGCCCAGCCACCCCACGCAGGACAAGGGGCGGGCCAACUCGCCGGACGGAUCGUUCUACACCGGGAACGUGUUCGUCAAACACCCCACCAAAGAGCGCUACAAGUGCAUUGGCCGCAUGUCGGACGAUGUUUUGAUCGUGCCGCAGAACGACAGAGUCGGCCUGUACUCUCUCACGUACGAACACAGGGUGCUGGCGGGCAGCCGCGACGUGCUUCAGGAGGCGGUGCUCUUUGGCAACGAGCGUACGAGGGCGGGCGUGCUGCUGUUUACCCAGCCCGGGUGUGCCGUCUCGUCUGAAGAAGUCGUUGAGCGCGUGUGGGCGACAGUACAGCGCGAUAUCAACCAGGUUCUGCCCGUCGGGUUGGACACGGACAUGCUGGUCGUUGUGCGGGAUGCCGUCGUGCCUUGGACCGCCAAGGGCAACUUUGUCCGUCAAGAGGCGUAUCGCAAGUACGAACGGGAGAUUAACCAAGCGUAUGGUGUGGACUGA